GGAAUACCCAACCAGCAACACACACUCAAUCAACUAAUUGAUAGCUGCUUUCUGAUCUCAAGAUACCUUCCCUUGGAAUAUGGUUAUAUUAAAUGCCUACUGUUUCAAUUCACGCAAACAGCAACAGAUGAAUAUGAGCCACAGAUCUAAGCGGGACUGGGAUAUCAAUGAUGCUGUGGUGCCACAAGUCAACGAAACAGAUUUCGAUGAAUUUAGUGAAUGGACCGAUGGCCAUGUUCGCCUCAUCUAUCCCAUCAACAAUGAGGAGGCCAAGAAACACAUCUCAGGUUGGGCCAUGCGCAACACCAACAAUCACAAUGUGAACAUCCUGAAGAAAAGCUGCCUGGGAGUGCUGGUUUGCUCGCUCAAUUGUACACUGCCCAAUGGGAAUAAAAUCAAUCUACGUCCAGCCAUUUGUGAUAAGGCCAGAAGAAAACAGGAGGGCAAAGCUUGCCCCAAUAAAACAUGUCGUGGUGGUCGUUUGGAAAUUAAACCCUGUCGAGGCCAUUGUGGUUAUCCGGUAACACAUUUUUGGAGACAUUCAGCCAAUGCGAUAUUCUUUCAGGCCAAAGGGGUGCAUGACCACCCGAAGCCAGAGCCAAAAAAUUCUAGUGUCUCGAAGAGAGCUUUUGGUAGGGUAACGGCAGUGCCCAGGAAUUCAUCGACCGCAGCUGGAGGUGGAAGAGGCAGUAAAAAGCCAGGAAUGGUAAAUGGUUUGGCUAGUAGCCUCAGGCAAAUGAAGGCCCAUAGUAGCUUCCUGAAUAAAGUCUUGAAGAGGUCCAGCAAGACAAGCACAGCGGCACCCAUAACACAUACAACAGCUCUGGAGAUAUAUCAAUUCAAUGCUUGCACAAAAUGUUCCCCUAGAACUCAAUGCACCUGCGUUAUGGAUCCCUUGUCUAAUGCUGGAGGCUUCCAGUAUGGUAAUAAUCCUUUGAAUCAUUACGACUCCUUGGCGGCACCUCCUCAUCAUCAAAGCUAUACCCAUCCCCACACUGUGUACAAUGCCAUGGAGACGAUUAAACCCAAGUGUGAGGCUCCCACCGCUCUGUUAACCGUCAAUCAUCAGCACAUCACCUACAACUAUCCCAUCUACCAUGCGCCGGCAGCUCCGCUUAUGUCAGCGAAUCCUUCCUCAUUAAAUUCCUCACCCAAGUCCUCCUCAGCAGAAUUACAACAUGGCUGUGCUACAGCAUCGCCAGCCACUGCUAGCCAUGCUCCCCAUUAUAGUAUGCCACAGGAGGACACUAAGGCUUCGUAUCAUCACUACCAUCACCAUCAUCAUCCCCCACCUGCACCUCCCCCCUCAAAUGCAGUGGCGGCAGCAGCUACUUAUACCAGUGAGACAUCUAGCCUGUGCUACAACAACAACUGUGAGACACUAAAUUACAAUCAGGCUAUGGCGGCAGCAGGAUCUUACGAUUAUGAUGGCUCCUCCAGACACCAUCUAGCAUCUCAACACCCAGCCUCCCAUGAUCAUCAUAACACAACCACUCCCACAGAACCUGCCGAAUAUAUCAAUUACUCCGACUUGAAAUGUUCCAAUGCCAGGGUAACAGCAACAGGCGCCGAUAUGAGUGGCUCUGAACCGGAAUUUAUAAACUACGCUGAACUGAAGCACUUCCCCCACAUCAUGGACUCCACAGCAGUGGCACAGGAAAUUAAGCCCCCCAAAUUAAGCGGCACAGAUCAUAGUUCAGUGUAUUCGGAUAUCUGCAGCGGUCGCUCACCCAGUGAUCCCUAUGAGCAUUGCUACUAUGCCUCACCGGCAAACCAUCGUCCUGCCAAAAUGGAAAGGGACAAAUCAAAGGAAAAAUAUAUGGAACACCAACAUUCCUCGACCCCAGCCUACAGCUAUGAUGUAGGGAAUCCAACAUCACACCAUCAUUACAGCAAUAAUUCCAGCUAUUUUUCCAAUGCCACAGGUGGCAGUGGUCCCAUAACCAAUAACCAGCAACACUAUGCCGCCAUUACGAAUUACUAUGACACAGCGGGCACAACGUCCUCACACUCUGCAGCAGCGUCUGCCGGACAUCACCCCACGACGCAAAGUACCAACCAUCCGGCAUACGAGUACAAUGCGACCUCAUCGUCACCCUAUUUAAUGCACUAUGGCUAUGAUCAAAUGGCACCACGAAAUACGGGACUUACAGCGGCGGGAACCGCUCCAUGUCACACCUAUGCUCAUUAG